AUGUAUGUGUUAUUGUUGUGUAUCUGUGCGGUGGUCGGCGAUGUGGCGCACGACACGGGCUAUCCCACAGGACUGUUGGCCGACUGCCCAGGUAUGAAGGCAACGACCAGCCUCUCUCAGAGGACGCGGGAUGGUUUACGUGUCCGAGUGCUGUGGCCUCCCACGGGGUGGUUUCAGAAGGCCGAAACCACGUGCGGCGUGGAUGAGGCCGGCGCCGACUGUGUUGCUACAAACGUCAAUUUGGCCACGGAGGAGGUUGUGCUGUUCUCGAGCGGCUACCUGGACUUCUCGUACUCUCCGAUCACUCGCAGCGUGGCCCGGACCUACCUCGACCACGGGAAAGUGGUCAUCAUACUGGAGCUAUUCCCGAUACUUGUCAAAUCCUACCCGAUAGCCGCCCGCAUAACCAAACCUCUCGGCGUCCACUUGGGCCGUUUCCUCAUAGAGCUGUACCGGCGCGGGCUGUCCCCUGACAGGACUCAGCUGCUCGGCGGAAGUUUAGGAGCCCACAUCGUGUCCUUCGCAGCCAUGACGUACACCAAUGCCACUGGACUGAAGGUGUAUAGACUUACAGGUCUGGACCCUGCCGGACCGUGUUUCCGUAACCUGUCACCUCGGGAGCGGAUCAACCCUGAAGCGGCAGCCCGCGUCGACGUCCUACACACCAACAUAGACGGGUUCGGCAUCGCGGACGCCGUAGGACAUGUCGAUUACUACGCUAACGGAGGAGAAUACCAAGGCCGCGUUGCUCCAAAUUUCCUGCUGCCGUGUCUACAAGUCUGCAGCCACAUAAGGGCAGCGACAUACUGGGUUGGUGCGCAGUACAACCCUGACAAGUACCUCGCGGUUCGCUGCGACUCCCUGCUAGAUGUCCGACAUGGAAACUGCUAUGAUAACCCUAAAGUCGUCAACGCUUUAGGUCCAACAACAAAUUUUUCCCGGCCCGGAAUUUAUUACUUACCGACGCUAACCAGCGAACCUUACUACAUGGCAGAAAAGGGAUUAGAGAGGCGAAAAUAUGACGAAAAUAACUAUCUCUUGGAAGUAGCAGAUGAUAAGGACUUGGAAGUGUGAAAACCGAAUAGUGAUCAGUGAAAGAUUGUGAUGUGUACCU